CCUUCUGCCCGGGGCGGAGGCGGCAGCGCUAAGAGCGGGCGAGGGACCUGCCCAAGGUCACACGGCUUUCUCGUGCCCGGGGGUCUCCGCCGGCCGGUUCCCCAAGGAUGGGCUCUCGAUCCAGCAGUGUGAGCCUGUUUCCUCCCCAGCAGACGGGGCGGAACAGGACGGCCUUCCUUUCCGGUGGAGGUAGUAAGUCCGAUGAGAGAAGACCCAGGAAGGCCGGGCACACGGGCAGUGUGGGGUCCGCGGAGACGCCCCUCGUCCACCUCUGGCCGACCUGAGAUCAGGCUCCCAGAACUAAGGCUAGGAAACACAGCCAGGAACCUGAUCGUGGUGACUGUGUGCUCACCCCUCCCGCUUACGGCCCUAGAGUCGGGGUGGCUGUCGUUCACGGCCGGGAAACGCAGGCCCAGAGAGGUGAACCCCUUGCCGAGGUUCAGCAGGUGCAGUGUAGCAGCCGGGACGAGAACCAGUUUUCUCUCCGGCGCCGCCGUGUGGAAAGGACCAGAGCUGAGAAUUACGGUCCCUCCCCCAGGGUAUGCCAACGAAGUGGGGGAGGCUUUCCGCUCGCUGGUGCCCAGGGCUGUCGUGUGGCUGAGCUACGGCGUGUCCAGCUCCUACGUGUUGGCCGAUGCCAUUGACAAAGGCAAGAAGGCUGGAGAGGUGCCAGGCCCCGAAGCCAGCCGCAGCAGCAGGGUGACGGUAGCCGUGGUGGACACCUUUGUGUGGCAGGCUCUGGCCUCCGUGGCCAUUCCGGGCUUCACCAUCAACCGUGUAUGUGCUGCCUCUCUCCACGUCCUGGGCACCGCCACCCGCUGGCCCCUGGCCGUCCGCAAGUGGACGACCACCGCACUGGGGCUCCUGGCCAUCCCCGUCAUCAUUCACCCCAUCGACAGGUCGGUGGACUUCCUCCUGGACUCCAGCCUGCGCAAGCUCUACCCAUCAGUGGGGAAGUCCAGCUCCUCCUGACUCUACCUGGUGCUUGGUCCUUGGGUUGGCACCCUUCUGCCAGGGAGUGUGGACGUCUGGCUUCCAGGAGUCCCUGGCCCUGGCGCCUGAGUGGAUUUGAGCUGGACAGAACUUAGAGAUAAAGAUCUCAAGGAGCAGUAGUUGUAUUUGGGCCUGACGGCAUCAACUUCCAUAGAAUCUAUCGUACUGAGAGCAGAGUGGACCUGGCUGGGUCUGCCUCUGUCUUUUGAUGACAAAGUUAAUCCUCCCGUGGAGGAUAAGGAGCCUGAGGCCAAGGGAGGGCAAGGAAUAUGCCCAGGAUCACUUGGCAAGCUGGAUACCAGGAUGCCCAGCUACUCAGCUGAGUCACUUCAUGGCAGCAUGGCUGGAUGACCGCAGAUACUCAGGGAGAAACAUAGGAGUAUAGCAGCUGGAAACCUCAGGACAGAUUCUCAAGCCAGCCCAACCCUGGUGCACAGGCUGCUGGAGUCUGGCUUAAAGCAGGACAGCUCUGAGCCAGGUGCUGGCCAAGCCAAUAAACCCCUAAGAAGUUGAGUUUUCUUCUUCUCUGUGGGGGGAGGGACAGGGAUGUGGUGACGGGAGCAGGGAUUCUCUUGGAGGACGUAAACUGCAAGAGGGGAGGGCUUCCUGGGCCUGCAAGAACAGGUAAGGGAAAGCAAGGAAGAGCAUCCCAAGGAGGGACCAGUGUCUGAGCAGGUCCAGUCAGGAGAAACAUCAGAUCCAAGGAACCACAACGGACAGAAAUUCUGAAAUGAGGGUUUGGGUGGGGAGUUGAGAAGGGUGUCAUGGAAGGGGCAGUAGGGUGUCACCCAGAUCACCAACUGCCCCAGGAAAGAUUCUAGACUGUGUUGGACUGGUUAAGAAGUGGUUGGCCAGAUAGCAAAGCUUGGAGAAGGAUGUCUUAGUCUGUUUUCUGUUGCUAUCACAAAAGACUUGAGACUGGAUAUUUUAUUAUGAAUAAAGGUUUAUGUGGGCUCAUGGUCCUGGAGGCUGGGAAGUCCAAGAGCUUGGCACCAGCAUCUUCGCAGCUUCAGGCGAGGACCUUAUGUGGAGUCGGGUGUGUGCAGAGGCCAGAAAAGGGGGCUCCAUUCACAAGGGUUCUGCCGCCGUGACCCAACCACCUCCCAUAGGCCCCACCUCCCACGCACGGCAUUGAGGAGUUAAGUUCCAAUACUAGAAUUUGGGGGACACCCUCAAACCAUAGCAAGGGACAACCGGGUGGCUGCUGCCAUCAUCCGGGCCUGAGGGACAGAUGGGAGAUGUGGUGGCAGGACACAGAAAUGAAGGACAGGAAUGAGCCGGGGGAAGCCUGGAGGGUCUGAGCCCAAGCAUCCAGCCAAAGACGUGGGAAGAAAUCUGGAGGGAGGGCUGCAGCCGGGCAGGGUCACAGCCAAAACCACCUUGGUCUCCUCAGCGGGUUGCUCUGGGGGAAGGAAGAGAAGACCAGGCCCGAGUCUGUAGGCUUUGAGGUCCGCCAGGUCCCUUGGGCUCUCUGAUCCUUAGGAUGUGGGUGUGGAACAGAGGGAGGGCGCCACAUCUACCAGGACAGUGGGUGCUGAUAAACGUUGAGCCACCGGCUUCCUUGGGCAGGGGAAUCC